CGCAGAGCGCCUCCUCCACGUGUGAGCCAAGUGCAGUCCAGGAACCUGGAAGUUCUGGGGGGCCCCAGCGCUCAGAGCCCGUCUGCUGCGUAUGUCAGCACCUGAAUGCAGCCAUGUCUACGGCAAAAGAGAAGAAAUAUGCUAAACGGAUGCGAAAUCAGCCCACAAAUGUGACCCUAGAUGAGAGCGAUGGCCCUCCCCACCGUGGCGGACAUGGUUCCUUUCACCCAUACAGAGGCAGUAAACCUGGCUCCUCUGGGCAGCAGCAAAGGGGUGCCCACCAGUCCCAUUUCCACUCAAGAGGAGGUAGAGGAAGGGGGGCACCCAGUGAAUCGCAGCCAGUUCCAAAAUAUGUGACAGCUGCAAUGUUUGCUAAGGCCCGAGCUGCAGAAAUCAAUGCCAUGUUGAAGGCCGUCUCUCAGAAAUCGUCCAACUCCCUGGUGUUUCAGUCUUUACCCAGACACAUGCGCAGGCGAGCCAUGGGGCACAACAUUAAACGAUUGCCUAGAAGACUACGUGAGAUCGCAAAGAAAGAGAUGGAGAAAACAGUUCACCAGAAGAAAGAACAGUCAAAAAGCAAAUGUCGAAAAGCGCGGAGACGCCAUGGAAAUCUUCUGUUGGAGUUUAACCGAAGGCAGAGGAAGAACAUCUGGAUGGAGAGCCAUAUAUGGCAUACCAAGCGCUUCCACAUGCUGAAGAAGUGGGGGUACUGCUUGGCAGACCGGCCUACAAUGAAGAGUUACAGAGUGUGUUACCGGGCCAUGUCUAGUCACUGUCUGCUACAGGAUCUGUCUUACUACUGUUGUGUGGAGUUAAUGGGUAAAGAGGAAGAUCUCUUGGGGGCAUUGUCGAGACUUUGCAGUAUAGAUACAGGUCCAACAUUUAAGGCUGCUCCGUGUAUAUCUGGGAAACGUCAGGGCUCAUUGGUCCUCUUCAAAGCUGAUAAAUACCCAGAGGGGGCGCUAGGCCAUGUCACCUUUAUUUGGAAGCCCAAAAGUGUUUCAGAAACAUGUGAUCAAAGACACCUCUGGAUAUGGAUGCAUCCUGCCCUAAAAGAGGAUGUCUUAAAGGAGCUCAGGCUUGUAUGUGCAUGUGAAGACAGACCUGACAAUUAUGUUUGUAUCCCGGAGCCGGCACCACCUCCUCCCAAGGAAGAGCCACGGGCAAGUGUGACUAGUGCAGGGAAGAAAAGGAAACUGCGGAAUAAAGACGGAGAAAAGGCUGUUCCUGUCAAAAAGAUUGUUGGGGAUGGAACAAGAGCUUCCCCUGACCCUUAUUAUUGGACCUCAACACAAACUGGCAUUACCAUCCGGGAUCUGACCAUGGAAAUAGUGCGAUAUAGACUUGUUGGCCCAUUAUCGAAUUGUGUGCUUGGUGACGCUCUGCAUGCUGCCCCUCUUCAUAAGGAAACUGAAGAUUCAGGACCGCACAGCUGGUGGGCAGAGUAUUGUAGAAGUCCAGAUAAUGUCCUCCAUCACAAAAACCAAGAAUCCUUGUUUAACUUACUGAAAGGCAUAGAAUCUCCAGCACAGAUACCAUCUGGAACCAUUUUGGGCCUCACUGUUGGGGAUCCAAGACUGAACCUGCCCAAUAAAAGGACAAAAUCCUUUCCAAAUCUAGAAUGUGCAGACCGAGAUAAAGUCAAGUCCCUAACACAGACUGGAGUUCCUGUGGAGUGCACGGAGAGUCUUAUCUGGUCUUCUGAUGUUCGAGCUCAUGUACUGGAUAAUAAAAUAACAGAGCAGGAAGUUAACAGACUAAGAAGUGAGCUGCUUGUACCCGGUUCAAAGCUGGAACUUGGCAAUAGGGAAUCUAAGAUCCCUAUCCUGCUAAUCCAUCAGCCUGGGAAGAUGACCGGUAAAGACCGCCUGGGAUGGGGCAGCGGAUGGGAUAUCUGUCUGCCAAAAGGAUGGGGAAUGGCUUUCUGGAUACCUCUUAUUUACAGAGGUGUACGCGUUGGGGGUCUGCAGCAAGGACAACAGCACUACAAGUAUAUGGGGGCUCCAAAUGUGCCUGGUGACUUCCCAGACACCCCAGCUGGAGUCCAGUCUGCACAGGAGGCUAAGGCACAGCUGCUCAAAAAAUAUACCAGACGUCCUCCUGCAAAACGGACAAACUUUAUCAAACAAGGAGUUCUUGCCCCGUUUCAUUGCCCCUGGGAUAAGCUCACCGGUGAAUGGGAGAUACGGCCUUCCAUUAAGAUGAAGUCUCCGACAGAUGAACCGGAAACCAAAGAGAAGACCUGUGACUCUCCAAAUGGUGAAGAGAAGAAAAUGGAGAUUACUUCUGAAAAGGAGACCAUGCUAGAGGAAACCAAGUGUAGUAAAGAUUUCUUUGUUUUAAGGAGUAAAAAGAUCCUGAAGACUCUUUCUUCCUGUGUAACUCCAGUGAGUCCUAGAGAUAAAAGACCCAGUGAGCUGCAUUCUCGGGGGCUGUCUGAUCCGGUUGGCUCUGUCCUGGCAGACUUCCCGAGGGCAUUAGUUUGGGUCAGGCUGUCAAUGAUGACAAAGGGCAGCCCUGAGCUCCACGCCUUGAUCUGCAUCCCCUCUGAACAGGACCUGCUUCACCUGCGACAAGACAAGUCAUUCCAGGGUCCUCUGGAGCCCAAACAUGGGGAUCCGUUCAAGAAGAAAGUAUUGCAACUUAAGAAGGACAAAAAGAAAAAGAAAGCUAAGAAAACCCAGGACUCUGAGAAAACGGAGACUGUAGAAGUGGCCUCUUGUAGUGAUGAUCUGACUCUGGGACUCUGGCCUAGUCCUCUCCCCGAGGUCACCAGUCACUGCAGUAGAUUGCUUCUAGGUUAUGUGACCCAAGGUGAUUUUUCUAUGGCUAUGGGCUGUGGUGAGGCCUUAGGCUUUGUUAGUUUAACAGGACUAACACACAUGUUAUCUGGUCAACCCCAAGAUCAGACAGGACUGGUACUAAUAAGGAACCCAACAUCCUUCCAGUAUAGAUUUGCCAAAUUGACUAUAGAAGUAUAACUUUGGACAGGCCCUGCUUACAGUGGAUCUGUCAACUUAAAGAGAAACUGACACCUAGUUCACCCGCACUAAACCCUGUAUACUUGGUUAUAGUGGGGGUGAACAGUAUCAAAUUGGGGGGCUACUUACU